AUGGGCUGCUAUCCGUCGCACCCGCACCCGCACGCCCGCUGGCACACCGGCCCUUCCGUCGUCGUCGUCGCCGGUCCCAGGCGCCCAUUCGCCGCGCGCUCGCACAUGACUACGACGACGCACACGACGGCGAGCGUACCGAUGCGCACGAGCCAGUACGGCGCUGGGCCGGCGGUGUACCCGGGCGGCGGCGGCGGCGGGUACGGCGGCAAGAAGGUGACGACGACGACGAGCACGAUGAUGAGGGGCGGGAGGAGGGGCAGGAGGUGCUGA